AUGCUGAGGGGUCAAGUAAACUUUGAGCACGUUGUUUUCUGCAGUCCUGUUUUGGUUCAGCGUCAAGAGGGCGCAUUGGCCACCAUGGAGGUGACCAGAGUGGAGUCUGAAGUCACAGAGCUGGUCCUCUUUGAGCAGGAUAAGGAGAAUCUGCGGCCAAAGCGCACAGGCCGCAGUGCCAGGGCUUUGCAAGAGGUCUAUGGCAGCGAUCCCAAAGAACUGGCCGAUCACAGGCAAGAGGCCCGACAAGAGUUCGAGGCACGUUUAGUGGAACUCUCAGAUGAUGCAGAGCAACCUGCCAGCACACAGUCUUUGUGGGAAGAAGGUAGUUGA